GAAUUGAAUGGGACUCCGAAGCAACUCUAGCCGGAGAUACACAAUUCAAUCCCGGGAGAGAGAAGGUGCUUUGCACCAUGUGCUACAACAGGUUUAUUCGGACCUAGGCCUACAGUUAAGAAGCGGUGAAACGCGUUUUAUCUCGCAUUUACCGCCACUCUGAAGUUUGGAUCACUGAGUGAUGAAAACAACGGCAUUUGGACGUUGCCGCGCCAGGGCUGCCCUUUUCGAAACAGUAGCAAUGAAACAAACAAAAGCGGUGAGGAACAAAGAAUGUUGGAAAUUCAGCUCGAGGACACUUAUUGCACAAUUCCUUCAGUUUUUUUGUUAAACUCCUGUAUAUGUUGUGUUUCUUUGGUUGGAUAUCAUGCCUUCUCUUUCUCACCUGCUUUGAUUAAUUGAUGACCAGACCACACCUGCUAGGUUGGAUUUUUGGACGCGAUGGUCCAUUCAUAAUAAAAUAUUUUUUUGGGAACACCAGUAUUGUACCGUUUAACAUGACGUUCAUUUUUUAUUGUAACAGUAGUAGACUCGGCUCUAUAGAUUUCGUUUUUUAUUCUUCAUCAGUUUAAUAAUCUCUGCAUGAGUUUGUAAUUUUGGAUCCACUGGGAAUGACACAGAGGCGGUGGCGGAUGUAAAAAUGGGUCAAGGAUACCGCCGCUCCUGAGGUUUAUAUUUUGGAGAUAACGGAACCAUUUGUAACAUAGUCUAUGCAUGCCAAUCAUUGCUCAUCGUUACGUAUGUCAAAAUGAUGCGCACCGGCCCCGGCCUUGUCUACGAGUGGCUACAGACUCUUCAGCUGCCUCAAUAUUUGGAGGGGUUUGUGGACAAUGGAUACGACGAUCUCGAAGUUUGUAAACAAAUUGGGGACCCCGAUCUGGACGCCAUAGGUGUCCACGUCCAGCACCACCGAGAAAAGUUGCUCAACGCAGUGAAGAAGUUGAAAGAGCAGGAGAAGAAAAAAGCUCCAGGUCUUUACUUCACCCUCGAGCCUCUGAACCCCCUGUACCCCUCUUCCUGUAUCCCCUUGUUGGGCAACACAGUGCACAUCACAGAGCGGGAGAAUGAACUCCAAGGGUCAAGGUCAUGGACAGUAUCCAACCAGGAGGAAGUUGGAAUUGGGGAUCACCAAAGAUGUCACCAAGAGUCAUCAUGUCCUAAAAACAACAAUUUGAGUUUCACUGAUUGUAAAGAGUUGGUGACUUACCCCAAACUGAAACUGAAGAUCUUGAUCAGGGAUAAACUUGUGAAAGAUGGAAUCAACCUCAGUGAGCCGCCGUACACCCACAAGGAUGGCUCGUUGGGAACCUUUGAGGACUUGGCUCAGGAGUACUCAGACUAUUACAGCACCUCUCUCACUGACGUCCAAGACAGAAUGGAGGAGAUUCGGAAACGGAAGGUUGUACAAGAUGCAGAAUCAGAGAUGGAAAAGGUUGACUUAGUCCCAACAUCACUGCAGCUUCGCUCUCAGAUCCAGGAGUCGCUAGGGCUGAGUUGCAGUAACGCCGUGUCCACUCCUGAGACUGAGAGAAGGUUGUCCAUGCAUAAAUCAUCUGAUGAUGGAUCAGGGGGAAAAUGGGAUGAAAUGAGACAGAAAAACAAGUCUUUCUGGCAGAACUUUCGGAAGUCGCAGAAAGGUGUCAUGCGGCAGAACUCAAAAGGUGGCGAGGACAUAGGUUUUGUGGCCAGUGACAUCACUAUGAGUGAUGAAGAGCGUAUCCAGCUGAUGAUGAUGGUGAAAGAGAAGAUGAUCAGCGUGGAGGAGGCCCUCGCAAGGCUGAAGGAGUUUGAGACCCUGAGCAGACAGACCUGCAGCACUGAUCUUACAGAAUGGCCUGAUGCUCCCAGUUCAACCCUGAAUGAGUCCUCCACCUCCAACAGCAAUCAGUUGUGUGAGCAGUCAGAUGGUGAACAGGAGGAGUCUGGGACGUUCAGACGCCUCCAUAAGCUGGUCAGCUCAAGUCGCAGGGUGCGCAAGAAGCUCAUCAGGAUCGACGAGUCCAAGAACCCUGGGUCUGAGGAAUCUCUGAGCAUGGACGGGCCUAUCCUGGGUGAUGCCAUGUCCUCUCUGCCCCUGUACUCUGGGGUUCAGAAGAAGCAGCCUGGGUCUGGGGGGUGUCACCACGUUGACUCCCUGGCCUCCUCCCUGCACAACCAGCUGACCUACGACCUUCAAGACUCGGACAGCCUGACCACCUCCCCCUCCUCCUCCUCCUUGGACACCUGCAGCAGCGCCACACACACCCACAGCCUGGAUACAGUCUCCAGCACCACCCAGCGGCUGUUCAGAGCCUUCAGUAAGACAGCAGGAUCCAGCCCCAGGAGCUCGAGCCCUGUCUGUAGCCCAGGGAGCCACCCGGACACUGGCCCCAGCGGGGAGGUGAGAGCGGCGGGGGCCGGCGGUAGUGGUUCCUCCCGGUCAGAGAUAGAGGUUGGUGGUAGAGGGGAUGGACCCAGGAUGGCCCGGUCGGUCACGGAUGGAGAGAUCAGGAGAGUACUCUGCCCACUCAGCUACCAUGGCAGAACCUGUAGCUUUGGCGGGUUUGAUCUGACCAACCGGUCCCUGCACAUGGUCAACAGUGACCCUGACCUCACUAUUCAAGAUGGGGAUGCCAGUGUGAAAGGCGUAGUCAAGUCUCCACUGACAAACCCUCGAAUCUCUUUGGGGAAGAAAGUGAAGUCGGUAAAAGAGACCAUGAGAAAACACAUCUCCAAGAGAUACCACUGCUCUCUCUCUGAGCAGUCAAGCCCAGACUGUAUUUCCAGUGGGCCCCAGGCCCCUCACAACCUCACAGACACAGACUCACUGGAGAAACCCAAGCUGAAGGCUGGAGGGUCAGUGGAGAGCCUGAGGAGCUCCCUCAGCGGACAGAGCUCCAUGAGUGGUCAGACGGUGGGCACCACAGACUCCUCCAACAGCAACAGAGAGAGUGUGAAGUCUGAGGAUGGAGAGGAGGAUGAGCUUCCCUACAGAGGACCCUUCUGUGGUCGAGCCACGGUGCACACUGACUUCACCCCCAGCCCCUACGACACUGACUCUCUCAAACUGAAGAGAGGUGAUGUCAUUGACAUCAUCAGCAAGCCUCCAAUGGGGACAUGGAUGGGCCUGCUGAACAGUAAGGUGGGAACCUUUAAGUUCAUCUACGUGGACGUUCUGACUGAGGAGGAAGACAAACCUAAACACCCCCGACGGAGGAGGAAGGGAGGGCAGCCCAAACCCACCUCUGUAGAGGAACUCCUGGAGCGCAUCAACCUCACAGAGCACCUGCCUGCCUUCCUGUUUAACGGCUAUGAGGACCUUGACACCUUGAAGCUUGUAGAAGAGGAGGAUCUAGAUGAGCUCAACAUCAGAGACCCUCAACACAGAGCUGUGUUGCUCACCGCCGUGGCGCUCAUACAGGAGUAUGACGGUAGCAGCGACCUGGACCGUAGCGGCCAGUCAGGGGGUUCUCAGGAGAAGCUGUUACUGGGCCGGAGCGGCCUACUGGGGGACUCCCCACGAGACUCUGGCUGUUAUGAGAGCAAUGACAACCUGGAGAACGAAGGGCGGGGCAGAAAGACGUCUUCCAUGAGCAGGUCCUCGUCAGGUUUUGAGUCCAGUCACCUCCCUUCACCAGAGAACCUCAACCUCCCCCUGACCCACCCCAGUAAGACCACCCUACAGACCAGACCAGAGCACCAGUCCUCUACCUUACCAUCUCCAAUAGUCCCCAUGACCAGCUACAACCUUCUGAGGCCAGAGUGUGGCCAGAGCCAUCACAGAGACACCCAGCUGCUGAGGAGCUGGAGCUGUGAGGAGCUGGGAGGUUGGCCUACUCCCACAGCUCUGGGGCUGCUGCGGCCUUGCCUCUCCCUGGGGGAGCUCCACUCAGACCUGGGCCUCCACAGCACUGAGCUCCACACCCCUGGAAGACCUAGAGCCAGCUCAUACAACCAUGUCCAAGGCUGGGGUGCAGGGACAGCCUACACAAGAGGCUCUACCGCAACUACGAAGACACUCAGAAGGACCCUACCCACCCUCACAGCUACUGCUCACCACACCUUGUAUGUUAGUUGAACAUGGGAGUUCCCAGGUCAACAGACCUUCCACGCACACACCUCAAUAUCCCCUCCAUCACCGGGAUGUAGGUCCAAGCCUUCCCUGUCAAACCCAAACCGAUGUGUACCAUCACCCCCAGCAAUGACAAGUGACUAUGAUAGUGCCUCUAAACACUUCUCUUUAGAGGAUGUAUAUAGUUAUUACAGAAGCAGUAAACCCAACCCUGCACCUCAGACUGACCAUGCAGACUCUCCUCCCUAGUCUGAAGCCCACAGGACUCAGUCUGCUGUGGGAAGGACAUUUACACCUGUCAGGUCAGUCAACCUUGGGAUCCCUCCAGGAGGAAAGACUGGAGUCAGAGGAGAUAGAUCUGACAACAGAGCCCUUCUCUGACAAGAUAAAUGGGCUCUCACCACAUAUACAGUACUAGUAAGUAGUACUAUGCUCACGUAGGACUGAGAAGUACCAGAUGUGUCGAAGGCCACAGGCCCCAGCUGGAGGUUCGACUGAGGUGUGUCAAAGGCCACAGAUCCUAGCGUAUGGACCGACAACUGACAAAAAUAGCUUACUGGAUUUCCAAUCAAGGUUUCGGAUUGUAUUUCACCUUUAACCCUGUUUGAUUAAAAUCAAAUCAAAUUUGCCACAUGCGCCGAAUACAACAGGUGUAGACAUUACAGUGAAAUGCUUACUUACAA